AUGUUCGGUCAAACUUUCACAAGCAACUCGUUGGCUGCGAGGUCCGGAUUUCACCCAGACAGCCCUGUGAGCCCACACGCGGCCCCGCUCGUCGGGGGACCUCCGCCGCCCCGUAAAUCGCGAGUCGCUCUCGCUUGCAAGCGUUGUAAGAGGAGAAAACAACGGUGCGAUGGAGGCCAUCCCAGUUGCAAGUCCUGCGACAAGGCCAAUGUAUUGUGCGUGUACGAGAAAACACUAAGACCGCAUUACCCUGGAGGGAAGUCGCUGUACAUCAGCGCCUUGGAAGAGCGCAUCGCGUUUCUUGAGGCGCGCAUGCCAGACUUCGCCGAGGAUCACUUCACUACAGCGACAUCAUCAACCGAGGCACCACAGCUGAACAAGUUCGAGCGCCGAGAGUCUCAAGACUCCUUCUCGGAAGAGGAGCCCUCCUCUCUUGUCGAUGGUGUCGCGUACUUGUCUCUCUGUGCGUCAGGGACCACAGACACGGCACCAGAGCCGUUCUACCUCGGCUCAAGCUCCGGGGCCACGAUUGCCAGAAUGAUCCAGUCUUCCAUAUUUCAUGGAGCUGGGGGAAGAGCCAUCAACGAAGCCAUGGCUGCGGUUCAGCCUGGGGUCCUUCGACCACAGCUUUCGACAGGUUCCCCAUCGUCUCAUUCCGAUGAGCCAAUGUCUGAAUUCCCCCACCCGGACCAGGCGAAAAUGCUCUUUGACGUAUUCUUCGACCGGCUUCACACCCGCUGGCCUAUUUUAGACAGAAAGAUGUUUACUAUACUGUUCGAAAGUCAAGACCAUCAGGGAGCUCUGCCGUUACAACAAAGAAGCAUCAUGCAUCUCAUCUAUGCGAUCUCGGCCAGAUUUCUGCAGUUGAUGAAGAAGCCCUGUGACGUCGAUCCCGAACGUCAUCUCUUAGCAGCCAUCGAGCCGAUGGACUUUAUCUUAGAGCAGCAUAACCUGGCAACGGUCCAAUUCCUGCUGUUGCUCGCCGUCCAUGGCCAGCGAAGCCCUUUCGGUGCCGGCUGUUGGUCGCAGGUUCGGUACGCUGUGACGCUUUGCAUAGAACUGGGCCUACAUCGGAAGCAGCCAGGCACAUUGUCACACAGUCAGCGCGAUGUUGAGAUAAGAAGGCGGGCAUUCUGGGCUUGCUACUGCCUGGAUAGAAUGACGAGCGUGGUGUUGGGAAGAACAUUUGCCAUUGAUGACAGAGAUAUCAACGUGGAGGUCAGCAGAACUUCUGCCAAUUUCAAGAUCCCCUGCUUACUGUUCUUCCAGAUGCCUAGCGACGACCAAGCAUUUUGGGACCUGACAGCCCUGGGAUGUCCGCCAGCAUCUCCUGAACCAGUUUGGUCAAACAUGAAGCCGUUCAUUCACAUCAUCAAGCUCCGUCGAAUACAGUCGAGAAUCCACAGACGCGUAUACCGAGUCGACAAAGAUGUUUUUGCGGGAUCCCCAGAUGAGAGGGCCAAACUUGACUCGAAAAUGACGGCUAUUCGGGGCGAGCUAGACGAAUGGGCGAGAACGAUCCCACAUCCGCCGAAAGAUUCCAAGUCCAUAACGUGGAUGUAUGAUCCAGAAAGCGCCUAUCACGACUCAAGAGACUUCUUCAAUCUGCAAUACCACAAGUCCAUACUGUCGCUCUUCACCGUUCUGCUUCCCACUUUGAACACAUCCGACCCGAGAUUCGUGACCAGCGCACGAUCGGCAGCCUGCGUAUGCACCACAUACAAGCGCCUCAAUCAGCAAAAGACUCUCAGUUACACAAUGAUGGCGCUGCACUCAUGUUUCAUCGCGGGACUCACGCUCGUGUACUGCCUGUGGAGAGACCGCUCUCUCUUCUCAUACGACGCGCUGGAAGCUACUCGCGCCUGCUCCCAAUCGCUCACAAUCUUUGGUGAGAAGUGGCCCGGGGCAGUCAAAUAUCGCGACAUCUUUGAUGCUCUCUCCGGAAGUCUGUUCAAGACCAUUGUCAACCCAAGUUCUACCUCGGUUUCGGGAUUGAAGCCGCUCGAGGUGGAUCUUGAAGCGGAACCUGGGGUCUCACCGACAAGUCCUGCCGUGUCGCCCAAGACGCAGCACGAAGGUAAGCCGAGUAUGAGCCAUGCCAUCUCUGAUGCAGUUAAAGAGGCGUUUAUGGAGGUGGACGAAGAAGCGCCUGGCGGAUGGCAAGGGUGGAGGAUGUUCAAUGAGAUGGUGCACGACGACUCGAUACCUGAGCAUAUGGAAAUGAUCAGACACGAGGAGAUUCUACCCGGUGAUGCAGGCGGCAAUGGAAAGGCACCGGAGUACGACUCAGUAUUUAUCCCGGAGGCACUUCCGAUAGGAACAGUGGACUCAGAAUGGGACUUCGGAGGUCUGGAGGGACAUUAUUAA